AUGAAAUUUUUAACCACCAAUUUCAUUCAAUGUGCCGUUAAAGGCUGUCAAUCAUCUGACAGCUCCUUCCCUUUGAAAUACGAAGAAUGUGAGUUAGUUGCAGAAACCCAAGAAUUCAAACCAGAAUUUUUAGUUCACAUGUUAGAAAAAAUCAACUGGAGUGCUUUAGUUCAAGUAGCUAGAGAUUUAGGAAAUGAUAACUUACCUACAGAAAAACCAGAAUUGGACCCUAUAAUGGAAGAUGAUGUACUCAUAUUGAAAGAUUUGCAUAAUUUAUUGGUGGAAACCAAUAUUUUAAAUGGUAAAAUGAUUUGUAAUAAUUGUGGACACAUUUACUUCAUCAAGAAUUCCAUUCCAAAUUUCUUAUUACCACCUCAUUUAUGUAAUUAA